AUGUCUGCAAAUCUCUUAAAUGGGUCUCUUCAUUUCCACUCGGGUACCACAACCCAUAUGAACUUUACUCACAUUUCAGCCCUAAAUUACAGAUUCAGUCAUCAAUUUCCUCAUAAGAAACUGAAACCUACCAAUACCAGAUACACUGUUAUCUGCAGUUCAACAAUUCGACCCAAGAGAAACUCCAAGUCUGUGGAAAACACAGAGGCUCAUGAUUUAGUACGAAUGCUAUUGAGAAAUUCCAACAAUGACAAGUCGUUGCUGUCGACACUUAACAAGUAUGUCAAGUUAGUGAGGACUGAACACUGUUUCCUUCUGUUCGAGGAGCUUGGCAAAUCUGAAAAAUGGCUUCAAUGCCUUGAGGUGUUUAGAUGGAUGCAAAAGCAGCGUUGGUAUGUAGCAGAUAAUGGAGUAUAUUCAAAACUAAUAUCAGUAAUGGGGAAAAAGGGUCAAACCCGAAUGGCAAUGUGGCUCUUCUCAGAGAUGCGAAACAGUGGGUGCAGACCCGAUACAUCUGUAUACAAUUCACUCAUCACAGCCCAUCUUCACUCCAAGGAUAAACCCAAGGCUUUAUCUAAAGCUCUUGGAUACUUUGAUAAAAUGAAAGGUACAGAACGCUGCAAACCAAGUAUUGUAACAUACAACAUUCUUCUCAGAGCAUCAGCUCAAGCAAAAAACAUUGUUCAAGUAGAAACUUUGUUUAAAGAUCUUGAAGAAAGCAUUUGCACUCCCGAUAUUUUCACAUUCAAUGGUGUGAUGGAUGCUUAUGGGAAAAACGGGAUGAUAAACGAAAUGGAAAGGGUACUUGCUCGUAUGAAAAGUAAUCAGAUAAAACCCGACAUCAUUACUUAUAAUCUGUUGAUUGAUUCGUAUGGAAGAAAACAAGAAUUUGAAAAGAUGGAACAGGUGUUUAAAAGCUUGUUGAGGUCAAAAGAGAGACCUACUGUUUCCACUUUCAAUUCAAUGAUAACAAAUUACGGGAAAGCACGGCUUCGUGAUAAAGCAGAAUUGGUUUUUGAGAAGAUAACAGAUAUGGGAUACGCCCCAAAUUUCAUUACCUAUGAAUGCAUGAUUAUGAUGUAUGGAUGUUGUGAUUGUGUUUCAAAGGCAAGGGGAAUAUAUGAUAAGAUGAUAGAGUCUGAAAAGCAAGUGAAGGUUUCGAGUUUGAAUGCAAUGCUAAAUGUUUACUGUGUGAAUGGGUUACCUUUGGAAGCAGAUAAGCUGUUUGAGAGUGCUUCUAAUAGUGGGGUUAUUCCUGUAGAUUCUUCAACGUAUAAACUUCUGUAUAAAUCCUACACGAAAUCUAACAUGAAGGAAUUGUUACAAAAACUAUUGAAGCAUAUGGAUAGAGAUGGGAUUGUUCCAAAUAAAAGAUUCUUUCUAGAUGCUUUAGGGGCGCUUGGGUCUUCAAGAGGUGAAUCUAAACCUGAGUAUAUUGGUUCUAAACAUAGUCAAGUAAAGGUAUUUUUUGUUGGCUUCCAUCUAUCUGGUCUGACUAAGAUCGAUGAGGAAGAGGAGAACAGAAUGUUGAAGCAGAAGAAGAGAACAUUUACAUAUUUUAAUCAAGUGUUAUGGAUUGAGAAUUAUUGUGGUCCGUUGACUUGACUUGUUAAUCAAGUGUAUUUUGUUGGUAAAUUCUUG